ACCGCCCGCGACAGACAAGCUGAGAGAACACUUAAAAAUUGUAUUAUAUUUUAAUAAAAAUAAAAAACUCCCUCUUCCUCCUCCUGCCGGGCGCUCGCGCCCUAUAUAUUCGCAGAAGAGGGGCUCUGAUUUUCAUCACUGGAGAGGAGAGUGGGGGAGAUAGGAGUGCUCAUUAGUUAAUGCGGCAGAAGGGGAGGUUUUACAACCGUAGUUCUCGGAGCUUCUCCCGGUCUCGCGUUGCUAUCGAGGGCUCGUAGCUUCUCCUUCUCCUUUUCAGCUGUUUGUCUUCCUUCCCCUGCUUUAGCAACCAUUUGUCCAGCCACACUUCAACGACCAGAAUGGCUGCCAUAAAUAGUAAGAAAAGAAACAUUGAACGAUGGAUAUGAACAAGGAGCGGGAGAGGAGGAGCGCACGGUCCAGAAGAGCUUCUGGAUGGAGCACUCCAAGGACCUCAACGUGGAGGCCAUGAUGCUCGACUCCCGUGCCUCCGAUCUCGACAAGGAAGAAAGGCCCGAGGUCCUCUCUUUACUUCCGCCGUAUAAAGGAAAAUCAAUUCUGGAGCUAGGGGCUGGUAUCGGUCGCUUCACUGGUGAGCUGGCAAAAGAAGCCGGUCAUGUUCUGGCUUUGGAUUUCAUCGAAGAUGUGAUUAAAAAGAAUGAGAGUGUCAACGGGCAUUUUAAGAAUAUAAGUUUUAUGUGUGCCGAUGUAACAUCUCCAGACUUGAUGAUUGAAGCAGAAUCGGUGGAUUUGAUAUUCUCAAACUGGUUGCUGAUGUAUCUCUCAGAUAAUGAGGUGGAAAAGCUGGCAGAAAGGAUGGUAAAAUGGUCAAAGGUUGGCGGGUAUAUUUUCUUCAGAGAAUCUUGUUUCCACCAGUCUGGGGACUCUAAGAGGAAAACCAACCCAACACAUUAUCGGGAACCAAGGUUCUAUACCAAGGCGUUUAAAGAGUACCAAACCUAUGGUGGUGUAGGAAAUUCCUUUGAACUAUCUCUCGUUACUUUUAAGUGCAUUAGGGCGUAUGUAAGGAACAAGAAAAAUCAAAAUCAAAUCUGUUGGUUAUGGCAAAAGGUCAAAUCAACUGAUGACAGGGGGUUUCAGCGCUUCUUGGAUAAUGUACAGUACAAAAGCAGUGGAAUUUUACGCUAUGAACGUGUCUUUGGGGAAGGUUUCGUGAGCACUGGAGGAAUUGAAACUACAAAGGAAUUUGUGGCAAAGCUGGAACUUAAGCCUGGACAGAAAGUCCUUGAUGUGGGAUGUGGCAUUGGGGGAGGUGACUUUUAUAUGGCCGAGAACUUUGAUGUCGAUGUCGUUGGAAUUGAUCUUUCGAUAAAUAUGAUUUCCUUUGCUCUUGAACGCGCCAUCGGGUGCAAGUGCUCAGUUGAGUUUGAGGUUGCUGACUGCACCAAAAAAAUUUAUUCAGAUAAUACAUUUGCUGUGAUCUACAGCCGUGACACCAUCCUUCACAUACAAGACAAGCCCAUGCUGUUCAGAAGCUUUUUUAAGUGGUUAAAACCAGGAGGGAAGCUUCUUAUUACUGAUUACUGCAAGAGAUCUGGGACACCAUCAGAGGAAUUUGCAGAGUAUAUAAAGCAAAGAGGAUAUGAUCUCCAUGAUGUAGAGGCUUACGGUCAGAUGCUAAAAGAUGCUGGUUUUUACGAGGUCACUGCAGAAGAUCGGACAACUCAGUUUCUAGAGGUUCUUCAGAGGGAAUUGGAUGCUGUUGAGAAGGAUAGGGAUGCUUUCAUAAAAGAAUUUUCAAAGGAAGACUAUGAUGAAAUUGUUGGUGGUUGGAAAGCAAAGCUGAAAAGAAGUUCCGUUGGUGAGCAGAGGUGGGGCCUGUUCAUGGCUAGAAAGAAUGAUCAAAUUCACCAGUGAUUUUUCUAAUGAUGCCUCUCACUUUUCUUGUUGAUCUUUCUUGAGCUUAAUUAGUUGUUAUUUGUGUAAUUUGGAUUGCGGUUCAUUAUCUGAUGGCAUUUUGUGAAAGACAGCUGAGGGCAUUUGGUUUUUACCGAUUAAUGGAAUAAUUAAUAUAAUGUUUGAAAUUUGAUUGCUUUUCCAAUAAAA